CUGCUCAUCGUCCUCCCAGCCUGCCGCAUUCCUCCAGCUCCUCCUAGGUCAUCUAUUUCAGCGACCUUCGUCCUUCCUUACUCUCUUAUCUAGCUCUAUCAGCUCCAUCGCCCGUCAAGCCCCGCGGCCUUUUUCUGGGUGUAACUGCUGAGUGCUCUCUGCCGAGUCCAGCAAGGAGAACUCGGGACUGUCGAGGGGCCCAGCGAAGCGUCAUACGAUGUGACGAUACCACGUCCGCUGAGAUGCUUAGGCUUUGAGCCUAUAACGACUUCCCCGGCACCAUUCCACAUUGCUCUUUGCUACGGAUCCGAUUCUAUCGCAAGGUUUCUCGUCGAACGCGGCGCUACACCUUCGCCAAUCUAUCCUCCCGAAUUCUGCGGCUGCACGAGGCUUCAUAUGGCAAGCGCGAUGGGACUUACAUCUGUCCUGAAAACCUUACUCCAUCACGGCGCGAAUGUUCAAGCUCGCGAUAACCAACUCCGGACAGCUUUACACUAUACUGUUACACUGCCAUAGGUGGAUUCGCCAAAGCAAGGACAGGUAGUGAUGUGGCUCUUGGCAAACAAUGCAGAUCCUGCGACAGAAGAUUCAUAAAGAAGACGCCCGGCUUCUAUUGGGGAAAAGUCCUCAAACCCUUUCGUCAGAAUGCUGUUCAAGAAAGGAGCCGAAGUCGCAAUGUACGAGACCUUGUUCCAAGAUCAAGUGGUACCCGAAAUCCGGUGUCUCCAGAAGGAAAGAAUUGAAGAGGAGGCAUGGGCACAGGAGAAGAAGGAAAAGCAACUUGAUAGUAAACGUGUAAUUUCUGCUGCCGCGAAAUGGGAGAGGGACCGUAAGACGGUAAGGAAGAAAAGGAUUGCGACAGAACAGCAAAUUGCCAUCGCGAGAUCUCGGGAGCAAGAAAAAAUGACCGGAAGAAGAGAAGCUCAGAAAAGAGCACAGCAAAGUGCAAAGGAAAGGGCUAAUAAACUUACUACCGCGCGGAAAGUAGUUGAAGAAGAGGCAAGAACUGAGAGAGCUCGGUCAGAGAGGCAUGAAGCUACAAGGCGGGCGUGGUUGAAGUUGAGAAAAGACGCAGACCAGAGGCCAAGUAACAACUCAGUCUGAUUCGCAAACAAGGUCUGACUGCAGCCAUCUUCCAGGCUUGUGGAGGAGCAAAGGACGCGCAGCCUGUCAGUCGUGCGGGAUACUGUAUCUGUGAAACAGCCUUCUAUUUGCUCUGAUUGCGAAUUCGUAGUAUGCAAGCAUUAUAAUUCAAGGAAUCUGCUAGCAUAGACUAGUUUCGUGACUGGGGGUCCGGCGGUGCGACUGUAUAGAAUGACAUGUUCGAUGUUACUGUCCGGUUGCACCAGGCAGCUGUAUUGCCUUCAG